GGCGGCGAGGAGCAGCGAAGUGUCAAGAGGACCUCAGAGUAGCAGUCUUGUCGAAGACAUCAACGGGAACACGUUCAAGAAAGUGCUGAUUGUGGGCAAGACAGGGACAGGCAAAAGUAGCCUGUGUAAUGUGGUGGCAGGCAAAGCCCACGACGCAGACCUGUUCCCAGUUUCCGCAGAGGCACAAGGGUGUACCGGCACAACCACCUUUGGCAACGUCUUUUUUAAUGGAAGUAGGGAGACGCCCGUAUCCCUAAUUGAUACAGUGGGCUUCGACGACCCCGAAAGGGAUACGGACGCCACCAUCAUCUCCGAACUCGUGAUCAAACUAAGAACCAAAUGCGAUCAUGUGAACCUAUUUGUAAUAGCUGUGAAUGGACAAGAGCCUCGGCUAGAUGGGAGCCUCAACGGAAUGAUUCGGAUUUUUGAAGGCAUGUUUGGUGCGAAGUUUUGGUCGCAAGCUGUGAUAGUUUUUACUCGGCUACCAAUGGAUUCACGAAGUAUCGAAUCACGAAAACGAAUCACCAAACAAACCGACGCUCAAUUGGCGGCCAAAUACAUAAAGUCCGUGCAGGAUAAGUUUCCCAGAGGUAAGGGACGCAAAUACCACAUAGUAGACUCGUGCAGAGACACUAGUGAUCGGGAGGAGGAGGGAGGAGGCCUUCCAGAAGGCAAUGCAAGAACUGUGGAAGAUGGUGGAAAGGGCGCCCCCCCCUGAACACAGAAGAUGUGAAGAAGGUGGAGACAGAAUCGAGGAAACUGAAACGGGAAAUAGAAGAGAAGGAAAAGCGGCUGGCAGAAAUGGAGCAGCAGAGAAGAAAGGAGGAAGAACGCAGACAACAGGAGUUGAGAGAGAUGCAAAGACAAUUCUCGCAGCAGAUGGAAACUUUGAAGCGAAAAACUGAAGAAGAUCGUGAUAGAAUGGAGAAGAAACACGUGUCGGAGCUGGCGAAACUGGCCGAGGAAAGAAAGAAGGUUCGGGAAAUGUUAGAGGCGAAAGUUGAGAAGCUGAAACAAGACAUGUUCAAUCAACUGCUGAAGAAACAUGCAGAACAUGACAAGUUGCAAAAACAGUUCGACGACCAAAGCAAGAAGGACAAACAGGCACUUGAAGACAAACUGGAGAGAGUUCAGAAACAGCAAUAGGAGCAGGAGGCGAAGUUGGUAACUGAACAAAACAAUUCCAAGUUGGCGGAUCAAAUUGAGCAGCUGAAGUUGCAGCAGCAAAAGAUGGAAGAGCAGUUCAGACGAGAGAGGGA